UUGCGACAUAUAGCGGCGGCAAGGUCAGCGCGAGAUGCUCGAGGUGCCGGUCAAGCCGACCUUUUUUCCGACGGCAGCCAUCACGAGCGCGGACGCGGCCACGUACCGCCAAGUGGCGCGCUACGCACUCGACGACCUCCAGCAUGCGAUUGCCACGUAUGCGUGGAAGCGAUGCGAGAGCCGCGACGGCCUGCUCGUGGGCAAAGUGCACUGCAUCGAGCAAGACGAGCUCGACGCCAGGGGUGGCAAGCCUUGCCUCGUCAUGCGCGGCGCGAUCAACGUCCGCGCGACGGUCGCCGAGGUCCUCGCCAUUGUGGCACCGAGCACAACGGACGAGUCGCGGCGAUGGAUGCAUCGCAUACAUGCGAAGAAGUACAUCGAUGGCCUUGUGCUUGCCUCGGUCGCGUGCGACGACGUCAACAACGAGCUGCGUGUCAAGUGGACCGCCUUCAAGGACGACGUCGGGCCCGCGCUCGGCCGCGACUACUGCCUCCUCGAGUACGCGGGGCUUCAAAUGCCGCCGAAUGGCGGGCCACACAUUGGCUUUUGCGUCAACCACUCGAUCGAUCGGCCGCGCGAAGUGCCGUCGCUCAGCACGUUUGGCUACCGUCGCGACAGCCUGCGCCGCACCGGGUUUCUGAUUGUGCCGUCGGCCACGUCCCCCGAGAUAGUGCACGUGACGUACCUCGUGUCCUCGUCGUCGCCGCGUGAGGUGCCCAUGGACAAGUGGGAAAGCGCGCUGUCCCAGCGCCUCUUGUGCUUGAGCACACUUGGCCCGCUUGUCGCCCAGCGCCGACUGAGUCAGCUGCCGAUCGUCGACCGAGCGCUCUGGGUGCCCGACAGUCAGCGCAAGUUUUGCGCAGUCUGUCUACAAUCAUUUCAUUUUCGUCGCAAGCACCACUGUCGGUCGUGCGGCGAAGUCGUUUGCGCAUCGUGUGCAGACCACCAUACGCUGGACGUGCCGGUCCUCGGGCUACUGCCUGUCCGCCUCUGCAACGUGUGCAUUGGCAAAGCCAACGCCGUUCCGCCGCCCCCGUGCAUCGCACCGCGCCACAAGAAGAGCAUCGUCUUACUGGAAGACAUGCAGCUGCAACUGCCGCCACCGACGACGAAGAAGGCGUCGCUUGGACUGCCCAUGCGCGCGAUGCUAGAGGACUUGUAUCCGUCCCAGCGUGCGAUGCGCCCGAUUCCUGAGGUCAUCGAUGAGACGAGCCAUGGUGUUGUGCCGCUGGACGAGCUCGUUGCCCGCAUCUCGUCGAUCAAGCAAGCCAUCGCCGGGAUCGCCCCGCCGCCGCGCUCGGAGCCGCCGUCAUUCACAGCCGCAAUAGAGACGUCAACCCGCCACCACCACGUGUCCAAGACGGCAUGCGAGGACGGGAAUGAGGACGACGACGACCUCCGCUCGGACCACGCGACGCUGCUCGAGUCUUUUGCCGAUGAUUUUUGUGCACGCUACGCCCACGCGAGUGUGCACAGCGCGCGCACGUCACUUCUCUCGUCGUCGCUCUCGUCUGGCUCGUCGUGCGACGAGGUCGAUGCGCUCAAGCACCAAGUCGACGAGCUCCACCGCAUGCUGGACGAUGCCAAUGCGCGCCUUGGCGACUACGAGCAGGAGCAGGCUGCGCGUCAACUCAAGUACGUCGAGAGCCAAUCGGGGAAUGCGCCCAACGACCCGAUCGUCGUGCGCCGAAGAGAGACGUACGACGCCCUCUUGUCCGAGCUGCACGACAUUAUGGGUCUCGCGCCGCGCCUCGCGUAGCGCUCACGCUAGCAUUUUGGUGCUCUACACUAACCACCUUGAUGAUUGAUUCCGUUGCUUGUUGC